AAAUUUAAUACCAUCAUCAUAUACAAGCGUUGACUUACAAGAAAGAAAAAAAAAUAUAAAAGAUUGUAAGAUUGAUGCAGAACUAAACUUUGACAAAUAGAUUGGCAUCUUCAAGAACACAUCCCUAAGCAAAAAAAGAAGGAAGAAAAUCAAGAAGAAAAUGAAGCAGAACAUGAUGGCACUUCUUAUCGGGUUAAUAGGUGCAUCAUUUACCUUACUUGCUUACACACAAACCUUCAUACAACCAAGUCAAUGCAUAGCAAUUGGUCUCUUAGUUCUCAUGUUGGGAUUGCUUGUAGGAGAAGGUUUUAUAUCUUUUUAAUUCAUCCUUGUUUUUCUUUUUCUCCUUUAAUCUUCCCUUUCCUUUGUAUCCCUGAAUUUUACAUGUUUAUUUGUAAUAAGUCUUUAAUUGGCUAUUUUAAAUUUUUGCAAGUAUUUUUUUUCUCUUCCAUAUGUAUUAUGAGUAUAAAUUGAAUGGAUGCAAAUUUAGUUCGUGGUUUUUAA